AUGCCGACCAACGGCCUGCACCAGGUGCUCAAGAUCCAGUUCGGCUUGGUCAACGACGCCGACCGCUACCUGACGGCGGAGAGCUUCGGCUUCAAGGUGAAUGCCUCGGCCCCCAGCCUCAAGCGGAAGCAGGUGUGGCUGCUGGAGCCUGACCCCGUCAGCGAUGCAGCCGUACUCUUCCGCAGCAGCCACCUUGGCCGCUACCUGUCGGCUGCAGAGGACGGCCGCGUGGCCUGUGAGGCGGAGCGGCCCGGCCGUGACUGCCGCUUCCUGGUGCUGCCGCAGGCGGACGGGCGCUGGGCACUGCAGUCGGAGCCGCACGGCCGCUUCUUUGGUGGUGCGGAGGACCAGCUGUCCUGCUUCGCCACGGCCAUCUCCGCCACUGAGCUGUGGACAGUGCACCUGGCUAUCCACCCGCAGGCACACCUGCUGAGCAUCAGCCGGCGGCGCUACGUGCACCUGUGCCUGCAGGAAGACGAGAUGGCGGCAGACGGUGACAUGCCAUGGGGCGUGGACGCUCUGCUCACCCUCAUCUUCCGAAGCCGCAGAUACUGCCUGCGGGCUUGCGACAGCCGCUACCUGUGCAGCGACGGCCGCCUAGUGCGGGAGCCUGAGGCCCAUGCCUGCUACACGCUGGAGUUCAAGGCGGGCAAGCUGGCGUUUAAGGACUGCGACGGCCGCUACCUGGCACCUGUGGGGCCGGCUGGCACGCUCAAGGCUGGCCGCAACACCAGACCUGGCAAGGAUGAGCUCUUUGACCUGGAGCAGAGCCACCCGCAGGUGGUGCUGCUGGCUGCCAAUGGCCGCUACGUCUCCGUGCGCCAAGGGGUCAACAUCUCAGCCAAUCAGGACGAAGAACUGGACCACGAGACCUUCCUGAUGCAGAUUGACCAGCAGACCGCCAAGUGCACCUUCUACUGCUGCACGGGGGGCUACUGGAGCCUGGUCACGCACGGGGGCAUCCAGGCUACGGCCACGCAAGUCUCGGCCAGCACCAUGUUCGAGGUGGAGUGGCGCGGCCGGCGAGUGGCGCUCCGAGCCAGCAAUGGGCGCUACGUGUCCAUGAAGAAGAACGGGCAGCUGGCGGCCACCGGCGACUUCGUGGGCCCGGACGAGGAGUUCACGCUCAAGCUCAUCAACCGGCCCAUGCUGGUGCUGCGCGGCCUGGACGGCUUCGUGUGCCACCGCCGCGGCUCCAACCAGCUGGACACGAACCGCUCCGUCUACGACGUGUUCCACCUCAGCUUCAGCGACGGCGCCUACCAGAUCCGAGGUCGCCGCGGCGGCUUCUGGAACACGGGCAGCCACGGCAGCGUGCGCAGCGACGGCGAGCGCGCCGAGGACUUCGUGUUCGAGUUCCGCGAGUGCGGCCGCCUGGCCAUCCGCGCCCGCAGCGGCAAGUACCUGCGCGGCGGUGCGUCGGGGCUGCUGCGCGCCGACGCCGAUGCGCCCUCCGAGGCCGCGCUCUGGGAGUACUGAGGCUGUGCCUGCAU